CGGACCGAAUUUAAAGCCCCGUCGUUGUUCGAAGUUGUCGGGACCGCCAUCUUCGCCGCCGUUCAUUUCGCGCGUCUCGUCCCGUCUCGUCCCGCGAGCGUCGUCGUUUCGCCCGUCGGAUUCACCGCAUCGGAGCGCGACGGUGACGAUUUAGCCUUUGUCUCGUGCAAGCGCGUCGCGACACCAUUAUUAUGCGUUGAUCUCAUUUUCAUCGCCACGGAAUUCGGAUCGCCCUGCGGCAACGAUCGUCAUUGCACUACCUGCACUUCCCGGCCACCAAGAGCGAAUCUCACAGUAAUGGGAUCACGUGUACCGAUCAAGAGUACCUCUCGUCGCCGAUGCUCGAAUGAUCUGAACUCUAGCCCCCGACUGUGUUGAUCGACAAUGUCGCAUUGCAGACAACGACAAGAAUUUGAUGGGACAAACGACAGCAUCGCGACGAGAAUGCAGCGAUUGGUCGGCGGAUGGACGCGCCAGCCGCUGGAAAGCCCGAAUCCGGAGGAAAGUACGAAGAAGCCGGUAAUCACUGCCAUCGUCGUCAUCGCCGCGGGCGGCGCAGGAGGACUACCGAGUUGACGAAAGUCGGCCGAUUCGCGGGAAGGAAGAGGGAAAGGAAGAAGCGAAGUAAAUAAGCAAGCAGCGAACAGCGCGACGCGAGGCGCGCUCAUCAGUUAAUCACCGUCGUCGCGGUCAGUCGAGAGUACGAAGGAGGAAGACGGGGAAAGAAGUGGGAAAGGAAAAAGGAAGCAGGAGGAGAGCACCGGUGGGAGGAACAAUCUAGUAUAGCGAGGGGAAAAGUCCUCGGCUCGUCACUGGAGACGUAGAUGUUAAACGUAGACGACGUCCGGUCACGCGUCGUCGAUAAAUUCCUAUAAUCGCGAAUCCUGUUCACUCAUCGGCGAACACUGCCUCGCUCGCGCAAAAUACGAAACGUCGAUCGCGACGGCCGCGGCGCGACGUUAUUGUUUCGCGAGUACUUUGAGCAGAUCGACAGAUUUACGCGGCGUGGUGCUUUUUUUUUUUUUUUUUAAUAUACUUUGGUGCUCUCCUCUUGGGAGUAUUCUCGAAGAAACACGAAGUACCAACAAGUAUUUAUAGUUUGGAGAUAAUUCGCGCUUUGCGCGAACACUUCGAAGAGGCACCAAAGAUCAUCUGAAGACGAUUGUUUCGACUGAGAUUAUUCGACGAGAUUUCUCGAACUCCGAUUAUCCUGAACAGAUUUUGUAUCACUCGGUGGAAACCACUCACUUCAAUUCGAUUGCCUCGCGUAUCGAAUCCCGAAAGGAUCCGACAGACCUAUCCGGCGGAAUAUCAAUCUCUGUUCCUACUAUACGCGCGCCUCUAUCAUCCCGAGAGGAGAAACCGAAAUCGCCGGUGGAAUUUUUAUCUUCGUACGAAUAUUCCGCGAAUAUUCCGAAGGGAUUUCAAGAGAGCCCGUUCUCGAUAGCGGUGCGCGAUCCCGGGGGUAAAGUUCGACUUCGAUACAGUGCGGUUUAUCGUUGUUGAGUUUACGUAAAACUUCGGCGCGAAUCUUGUGGAGAGCAAUCGAUCUCUCACCAGUGUUGCAAAUCGUGUUGGUGAUCUUCUUUUCCGGGAAGCUGGACAGAUGUGCUCCGUCGUGAAGAUGAUACGCCACAUAGCCGUCGCCGCCUUUCUCACUGUGCUCGCCAGCGGGGCGCCGAGUUCUUCGAUCAUCUACGCGGACGACAAAGUGCAAAAUUACCUGAUGAGAUUUGGUUACUUACCUCCGACUGAUCUCGAGACAGGAAAUCUGCGGAUGGAGGGUCAACUCAGGGACGCUAUAAAAAAUCUGCAGAAAUUCGGUGGUAUUCCCGUGACGGGUGAGAUCGAUGAGGCGACAAAGAAAUUAAUGAAAGCCAGGAGAUGCGGAUUACCGGAUCAGCCAGAUGCCAGAUUCGCCAAGACGAGGCAUAAACGUUUCACCAUCCACGGACAACAGUGGCCAUAUCGAAAUCUCACCUGGAGCCUGAGAACCGAGCAGCCGAGCGGUCUCGACACGGGCGGGGUUCGGCUGGAGCUGAGUAAGGCCCUCGGUCUCUGGGCCAGGAAUUCGAAGCUCACCUUCCAGGAGAUCAACAGCGACCGCGCCGAUAUUCUGGUCUACUUCCACCGGGGUUAUCACGGGGACGGAUAUCCGUUCGAUGGCAGAGGUCAGAUCCUGGCGCACGCGUUCUUCCCGGGCAAGGAUCGCGGCGGAGAUGCUCACUUCGACGAGGAGGAGAUAUGGCUACUAGAGGACGAGAGCAACGAGGAGGGCACCAGCCUGUUUGCGGUGGCCGCUCAUGAAUUCGGUCAUUCCCUGGGACUGGCGCACAGCUCGGUCCAGGGUGCUCUUAUGUAUCCCUGGUACCAGGGACUGAGCCCCAACUACGAGCUGCCGGAGGACGACCGCCAUGGGAUUCAGCAGAUGUACGGGUCUCCCGAAGGUAAACUGUGGGGCAACAUACCAGGUGGUCCACCGCCAGCGGAGCAACCGCCGCCAACCCCGACAACGACGACGACAACGACGUAUAGGCCUUGGAGGACGAGGCCCACUAGGCCCAAUCACUAUCCGGACGACGGCAGACCUCGGCAACCGGGUCGUUAUCCGCAGAAACCCGACUAUAGGCCGCACAAACCCCAUCGGCAUCACACGACAUGGUCGACAACUACGACGACGACGACGACAACGAUGAGGCCUACGCCGAGGUUUAGACAUCGAUGGACCCCGCCGCAGCGGGACGACGUGCCCGACAAGUGCGACAUGAAUUACGACGCCAUCAGCAUCAUCCGUAGAGAGGUUUUCAUCUUCAAAGGACGAUAUCUAUGGCGAAUAGGCGAUCACGGGAUAUAUGAGGGAUAUCCGGCGGAGAUCACCAGGUUGUUCAAUCUGCCGUCGGACAUCGAUCACGUGGACGCCGUGUACGAGCGACCGAAUAAUAAAAAGAUAGUCUUCUUCAUCGGCCGCGAGUACUACGUCUUCGACGCCAAUCGUCUGGAGCCGGGUUAUCCAAAGCCGCUCACAUAUCUGGGAUUGCCGGCCUCCUUGGAGAAGAUCGACGGCGCUAUGGUGUGGGGCCACAACGAGAGGACUUACUUCUUCAGCGGCUCCAUGUAUUGGAGGUUCGACGAAUCUGUUAAUUACGUGGAACUCGAUUAUCCCAGAGAUAUGAGCAUGUUCGCCGGCGUUGGGAAUGACAUCGAUGCCGUUUUUCAAUGGAAAAAUGGCAAAACGUACUUCUUCAAAGGCAAGGGUUUCUGGGAAUUUGAUGAUCUCAGGAUGAGGGUGGCACACGAGAAACAGAAAUUGUCAGCGCCGGUCUGGAUGGGCUGUUCGCCGGAUGUGGAGACCAAUGACAUUGAGACCAAUCUGCCCAGGAAGUCGGGAAGCAUCAUCUCGGCUUCCGCUAUCGUCGUCACAGGAGAUAUCACGUCGAUAUUUCUCAUGGUUAUUGUGAGCUUCGUCAUGAGGAUAAUAUACGUGUAAAAACGAGAUUAUAAGGCACGUGUCCUUCCAGCUGGCGAUGUACGACGGGGAGCAUUUUCGUAUCUUAUAUGGGAAUUUCGCGUGUGAAAUACGAAUACCGGAAAAUCAACUGGAAUUCUUAAAGCGCGGACGUCGACAGAUCGGUGAACAGGAGACGAAAGACCGCACAUCGAUUGGAGUUUCAAAGGAAUGCCUGCGGCAUCCGUAGGCCAUAGGAAUCGACUUCGUCGCCCUGAGGCUUCCGAUGGAGAGAUCGCGAUAGCAGUACGAACGAAGCUUUAUAAGAAUAAUCGAUCGAACUAAGUCACGAAGCCACGUCUUCAAAGAAUUAGAUAUACGUAUAUUAUCUGAAACAGCCAAUGCGCGCGGCGAAUUAUAAAAUUUUGAAAUACGAUAUUACGAUGAAAAUUUUUUCUAUUAUACCUUUCAUUUACUUUCUAUAUCUCGGUGAUAGAAAAAAAAAGUUAUAUUGACAUUUAAUUUUCUCGUACAAAUACAAAGAGCGCGUGACUUAGAUCGUCAAUCUUGAAAAGACCGCGCCGUUGCGCGCUGCGCAGUAGCAUACAUAUUUUUGUACACUGUCUUUUUAUACGACCGCAUUUACAUACGAAGUAAUGUAAUUAACUUAAAGAGCAACUUUUUUUAUAUCGCAUGACGGAUGAAACGGGUCCUCCGAAGAUGUGAAAGAAAGCCGAGAUUCCGAGGAUAUUUCACGGACAAUCUCGAUAGGGAGAAAUUUACGAACUAUCACUGCCGAAAAUCCAUCCAACGUUUUUUCGAUAUUCUUUUUUACAGCGAUUUUUAAAUCGAGACAGGGAUCCUCAUUAUACACGUCCCUCCUAAGGACCAAUACGCGCCACUGACAAAAAAUUCCGUGAUCGCCUCUUCCAUAAAUUGUGACGCGAUUUAUCAGUUGGAAUCGAAUCGACAAUCUCAAAACGAUAAAAUUAGUCCGAUUCCGACAGAGAGCACAUAUUUUAUAUAAAUAUUGUAUUAAUUAUUGAUACCGUAUAAUUUAGCAAAAGAGAGGACACGGGCAAAACGCAGUGUCGCCAGUUUUGUAAACUGUGAUAUUUAUAUACCGCGCGCGAUCAAAGUGUAGUUAGUGUAAUAUCAAGGAGGUACACAGAAUCAGUCUCGCAGUUUCAUAUACAGCGCCGGUGUAUCUGAAAUGCUUGCAUAAUUUGUUAUAAGCGCCGAUUUCUUCUCAGCAUGAGACACCGAUGGUUUUUUUUAAGCGGAACCGAGGUCUCAAGAGCGGAAAUGAAUAACGAACUUUCACUCAGCAUUUAAUUUUGAGUGGACUUCAGUUCGACAGCAUUUUAUAAGUAAUAGCUCUUUUAUAAAAAAAAAAAUGUAGCUUUCAGUAACCAAGAAUCUAAAUAAUAGAAAAUUGAAAUGUGGAAAGGUGGAGGCUAAUUGAAUUUUCGCAAGGAAGAAACUGACUGCAGUUUUAAUAUCGCGAUAAAGCGACAUUAAAAUCUCUGCGAAGUUUGUAGUAUUUGUAUUUCCAACAUCCACCUCUGUAUAUAUAUAUACAUGAAUAUAUUAUAUAUAAUUAUAUAAUAGUAUAUUGUAAGUCGCGCGUAUUGUGCAGAAUGUACUAUAUGUCCGUGAAGCGCGCAGCAACAAGACGCAGACAAACGGAAGAUAAAUGAUAUAUUUCUUUUUCUCGAUUAACUUGACAAACUCUUAUCUUCUGGCUGGGUAUACCUUUGUUACGGAGAGGCGAACGCAUCACUACGAUGCGGCAGUUUUACUAGGAGGCGAGAACCCCUCCAGUUCUCUGUUUAUUCCAAACUUAAGAGAAAAUCGAUGUAAUGUGCCGAUUAUAUGCUCUAUAUUGUAUUUUAUAUAUUGUCAGUGCUUUAUUUGUGUAUAUACGAAAAUAAAGUGAUCUUACCGAACAAUUCAA